GGUCAAAGUCUAUAAUGACUGGACUAAUUUUGGUGAAAGAGCCCGAAUCCGAAGGACUCUGGCAAUUUUCAGAUACCUAUCACGCUUUCAUGCAAAAUGAUCGGUAAUUUGUAUGCACUUAUGCAAUAAUUGUAAAUGAAAACGGCCCGUAACAUACUUUCUCAGCUUCAAACGUCACCAUGGAAAUGUAUCAGUAUCAGGUUCGAUUGGAUUAGAAAAUAUUGACGUUUACCAUGAACGCUAAUCGUUACUCCACCCUGGGACUUGAUCAAACAAACCAACCAACCAUAAGGCCAUUCAGUCCAUGAUCAUCCAAAACCGAAAAGCCAAGAACCGUUUCGAAUUUACGAGCGACAGCGGCAAAAUAUUUUGAUUUUCGUUGCGCUCCGUGUGUCGCGUUAGAACAAUACCGUUCGCGGAACAGUGACGAACAAUUUUCGCCUUUAUGUAUGGGUUUCGGUAAGGCUAAACGCGAAAACGCGAUGUUACAAUCAGAGUGUGCGGAGGAAGUCGCGCAUGUCGUCUUUUUGUCACAUGACAAGGUUUGUAAACACCAUACAGUUUGAUGUUUGACAUUAAUUUCCAACAUGGCGUGUACUGUUAUCAGUGAUAAACACUAGACGUGCCUCAUGCAGAAUGCUGGACAACAGUUUGGCCAAGGAGGCGCUCCCUCCCACCAGAGUGUCCCGUUUGGCCACUCGGAGAACACGACGACAGGCGGCAGUAUAACCAGCUCCUUGAGGCAGUUCCGUAAGCGGAACGAUGAGGCGAAGCCGCCGGGCCAGGAGGCGUCAGCCGCCCCGACAGUGGCGGAGAGCCACGUAGCGAGGGUGGCUCCGCACAGUCACUACCCGCCCAGACCUGCCCCCAGCGAGUGCUACCGCUUUCCGGUACAGCAGCCGUACCAGGACUUCGGUGUCCAUUCCCAAGUAAAAUACUCCGAGAUCUCGGAAGGGCCACCGAUGCAGGACCACGUAUCGCCCAGCGUCAUACACAAGGUCAAGGGCAAGGAGUACAUGGAGAUGUGCAACGUGGCGCAAUCUCACAUGAAACAGCCCUACGACAUCAUCAACAGCCAACAGCCCUAUCACGAGGCCAACGUUCACCCCCAUGCUCAGUACAUUCCCAAAGAACCGCAGGUCAACCCUGCGUACAAACCCGAAUCUCAGUAUUUCCCCAAAGAGCCGCCCGGGCAGCAAUACCCGCCCCAAUACGCGUCGACAACCCCCCACCACCACCAUCCCCAGCAGCAGCAACAGCAGCCGCAGCAGCAGUCGCCCCACCAGAAGUACGCCCAACACCAGCUGCCCAAGUACUCGCCGCAGGGCAACGACUUCCUGUCGAAGCUGCGCAGGAUCAAUCCGAGCAUGGCCAGGUCGAUAAUGAGCGACCAUCAUCUGCAGGAGUCCCAGAUGGCGUAUCAGUCGAUGGAGCAACGGGGGAUGUACACCCCUCAAAACCAGAGGUACGUCAAUUACACAAGCAUACAACCCAACCCUUACAACAUGUACCCCGCCCACCCCGCCGCAGCCUACCCCGCCUACCCGCCCAGCUGCAGCUACGCCCGCUCGCCCCAAGCUGCCCAGCGCUUCCCACAACACGAGCGCGCCGUAUCUCCCAGAAGGGCGUACCAAGAGGACGUAUCGUCUAGGAGGGCGUACCAGGAGGACGUAUCGGCCAGGAGGGCGUACCAGGAGGGCGGGUCGCCCAGGAGGGCGUAUCAGGAGGGCGGGGCGAUGCCGCCCGGGUACGGGGCGAUGCCCGCCCAUCCGAGGCAGUACGGCGCGCCGGAGUACGCGCUGCACUACCAGCACCGCAGGGGGGCGGGGCCUGUCGCUCAGGACUAUUAUCAGCAUUGCAGGCCAUCGCAAUACCACCAGCACCAAAUGUCCGCCCAAGAGAUGCCCGAAGCCAGGGUGACCGUAUCCGACAACAUAAAGCAAUACAUAGAGAACUGGGCAGACGAAGAAACCGCCUCGGAAAUGAACCAGUUGGACGGCACCGGCAGACUGUGCAAAGACGGAAAUAGAAUGCGCGAGGACCAAUCCGACGAGACCGUCUACAUGAUCAAUGCCUCGGACAUACAGUAUCUGGAGAACGGGAUACCUGUCGUUACCUCUGACAGUGGAAUACCUAUGGUCUCCGAAAACGCCCAGUACAUCAUCAAAGGCAUAGACUCUACCGGAAUGGUCCGCAUCAUCGAAAAAAACGGCCAGAUGGAAAUCGGAGAAAUAGUGGAUCACAUCAAGCCCGACUGCAUGUUAGCCAACAAGCCAAACGACCUGAACCAAAGACACCCCAACGAAAAUCCUUAUGGUUUGACCGAAAAACCGAGGGUCCUAGUACACCAAAACACCGUCAUACAGUCCAGUUACCAUACGCAGAGCACCGAAUAUCCAGAUAAACCAGAGGACCACGUGAAAGUCGGUAACAGUUUGCCAAUGAUCACCGAUACUUUGGAAGAGCUCAACCGAAGGAUAGUCAAAGAGUCCAAAAAGGAAACCGUGGAUAAAAACUGCUCGCCGAUUAAUAUCGAGCAGAUGGAAGGGUACAGUCAUCCAUCCGUUAUUUGUCCGAACAAAGCGCUGGAAGAAGAAUUGGCGAAAAUACAAGAGAGCAGUAACAGCGAGGAUUCGAUGCGGAGUAUGCCUUUCAUCGAUCCCUUCACCGAAAAUAGUGACUCCAAAAUGAACAGUGAAACGAUAGAUAUUAACCCUGCGCAGAACAUUCCCGAAACAAAUGACGAAGAAAGUGCUAAAGCAGUUGAGCAAAUCGCCGAUGAGAAAACAGAAAUAAUGGCCGAUGAUUCAAAAGAAGAGUCAGUCAUCCAUGAAGAUGGGAGCAAUAACAAAACAGACAUUAAGGAGGAGACUGUCCAGAAACUAGGUGAAAAUGCAGAAACUACACAUGAGGAGGUCGAAGAUUCUAGGAAAGUAGCAGAUGUUAUCGAAUCCAAUGAUCAAGUCAGCAUGGAACACUAUGAUAUUGGCAAAACUGAUGAAGAAAAACACAUGAUGCAAAGUACAGAUCAGAGUACUGAUCAAAUAUCCAGACAAGAUGAUAAAAAAGAAGAACCUCAAAAUGUUUUGAAAGAAAUAUGUUCUGAUCAUGUAUCUGGUGAAUCAAUCCUGCAACCAGACGGUGUAUGUGAAAGAACCAACAAUAAUAGUGAAGGACAAGAUGUUAAAAACCUUGAUAUAGAACAAAUAAAUGAAAAUUCACCACGGUUAACAACCACUCAAAAUGCCUUAUCAGAGAGUCAUUCUAGAUUCAUCGAGAUAAGUACAGCCAAGAGAUCGAAAAGAAUAUUCUCAGUGGACGAUAUCAUGAACACUAUCGGCAAUAAUAUCAACAAACACGAAAACGAAUCUCUGGAGAGAAGGCAUAGUUUACAAAUAACUGAAAGCUUUCAAAACAAAGAUGUUCAACAACUGAAAUACUUCAGAGAUACGGCCAAAGAAGGCCAAACGAAGGAUCAUACGAUGAUUGGAACUCGAGAGGGAUCACUAGAGAAAGUUGAAGAAAUAGAUGGGAAUACACCGAAGGAAUCGACAGAAGAGCAAAUGUCAUUGGAGAAAGAACAGGCAGGUGGUCAGAUACUGGCAGAUGAAGUAAAUAAAGAGGUGACAGAAAACCAGAACUCAAUAUCAUUAGAAACAUCUGUAAGUGUACUGAACGAACAACCAGAUGAGGUAAUUGGGCCAGUGGAAGAUCCGGGGGAUGAAAAAAUACCAGUAACAGAAAAGCUGGAAAAUGAAGAGAUAAUUCAAGAAUUAAUGCAUCAUGAAACCAUUCCAGCCGAGUUGAUUGAAGAAACAAUCAAAUCCUCAGGUGAUGUAAAUGAGGAGAUUGUAGUCACAGGUACAAGUGAAGAAAUGAUAUCUAGAGAUAUAGAACAUUAUGAAUUGACUACUAUUGUGGAAGAGAUAGAUAAAACAGAAGACAAAAUUCCAUCAGAACUUGAAGAAAUUGAGACAGAUGCCAUUAAGGACGUAGGAAUUGAAGAAGUGCCUAUUGAAGAUGCAUCUUGUUCAUUUGAAGAUUCAGAUUCCAUUACAAGAGCAACAGUUGAGGAUGAAUCAAGUUCAAUCAAAGGCUCAGAAAUUAUGAUAGAUCCUGCAAAGGAAGAAUUAAUUGAAACAGAACUGACACCACAUAUGCCUUCGGAUGAAAUUAGUAUAACUGAACAACUGCAUCAUGAAUCUUCACAAGAGCAAAACUGUCCUGAAGUUCCUGAAGAAAAACUAAAUCCACUUGUUGAGCAACCAAAACCACCUGUUGAACAACCAGAACCACCUGUCGAGCAACCAAAGUCACCUGUUGAUACACCAAAAAAUCCUGUCGAUGAUUCUCCCGCGCAGGUUUGGGAAGAAAGACUGAUCACCUCGGCAGCAAAUGAGAGCGAGAUCCGAUAUCAACAUGUCGUCAGAGUCGAAGAGUCCAGCGUUCUGCUACACAUAGCUGGCGAACUAGUCGAGGUCACUGUGAACACGGUGAACGGCAAGAAAGUGAUAACUGUCGUCCCCUUGUCCGAUACGUCAGUUGUCGACUUGAAUGACAACUAUGAAACUGUAGAAACCCUCGAACGAUGCGAUCCUUUGAGAAUUGAAGAUUUCGUAGCAGAAAGUAACGAUCAUAUCUCGGAAGUGGCUAACUUUCAAGUGGUCGCUCCCGAACCUGAGAUCGUGGAAACUACUAGCGAAAUCAUCAUCGGGAUGGAUUUGAGCUUGGAAGAAGAGAUAAAGCUCGAUGUGGACCAGCCUCCUGUGAUUUGCACCAAAGCUGCAAGGAAAGCCUACGAUACCGACUUACAGAUCCCUUCCAUAACUACUAGCGAAGACGUGAAUGAUAGAACCAUAUCUCCAACGCACUGUCUGAACGAUAAAGUUAGCUCAACCAAAGAACGGAUUGAAAAAUUUACCAAAGAACAGAUUCGCAGGAAUGUAUGCAAAGACAAUACACGUAAGAAACCGGGAUAUUCGAAACGCUUGUCUAGCAAACUCGAGAAGAAAUCGGUGUUCAAAAAUCUCAUCGAUGCUCGAAAUAUGAGAAAAGCGAAGCAAGAACAAAAAGAAGCCGAUGAGGAUUUCGUGCCUUUCAAAGAAUUGAUUAAAGCCAGGAAACUGAAGAAACUGAAAAUGCGAGAACUCAAGAAAAGCCAAGACGAAAAAAUAGAUUCCACCAUCAAAAUUGAUGAGAUUAAAAAAGAAAGCCAUCCUGAGGCCAGCGAAUCAGUCAAAAAGGAAGAACCUGUUUUGAAAAAAAGUAAGCCUGAUGAGGAAGAAGAGGCUAAAAAAAUGACAAACAUCCGAGUUUUUCAAAAUGUUUCGAUGAGUGACACAAAAAGCGAGGCUAAGAUACCAACUGAUCCACCAGACUUGAAAAGCAUAGAUGUUUGUGUUGUUGAUAAUGGAAAAGGCAAUAGCCCUGAAGCCUCCUCCUCAGUUCUCUCAGCCGAGACCAAUAAGCCAAGCCAAAAAACCUCAGACAGUGUAGAAGAAGUUGUCCCUAUUGUUGAAACAGAAGUCCCCUCGAAAACCACCGAAUCAAAAGUAGUUAAAGAAGUGAGAAACUAUAAAUUAGAAGAUCCUAGAUUGAGGGAAAGGCCAGAUGGUAAAAGACCGAACUAUCCAGAGCCUAAAAAAAAGUUGAGCUUGGAGGAAUACAACAGAAGGAAGAGAAAGUUAGUCGUCAUAGAGAAGCAGGGCGAUGAAGUAGAGUCCAAGAAAUUAGCACUUGACACGAGUCAGAGCAAUAGUGGAGCCUUGAAUUGUCCUCCAGAGAUUAAGAAAGCAAUUGUUCCAAAGAGAAUCCGGUUCCAGAGACCAAAAUCUCUGGAUGACCUCAGCUUGAUGAAACCAAAAGGAAACAAGGUGAUUUCCAGAAAAAUGAGCUUGGGAUCGUCGCCGAUCAAACCCAACUCCUUCGAUUGGGAAGAUACCCAAUCUCCGAAAUCAAAUAAAAAUCAAAACGAUCAACGCUUCAGCGAAUUCAGGGGCCUUAUCAACGAUACCAAAACCGUUCAAUCCAAGCCUGUGAUAGACGUGCAAAAACUCAAAUUAGGGCCCAGUUUGGAAGGGCAGACAGACGAUACGCUACAAAAUUAUAAGGACCAAGUGGAAUCGAAGCUCAGUUCUUUGAAUAUUCAAAUUCCUACAGCGGCAAAACCUAUAGAUAAGUUACCAGUCAACCCUCUCACCGAACCGGAAUCGAAGAUUCUAAUGCAAAAAUUCUUGAAAAGCAAGAAGCUCACUGCUGAAGAGAUCGACAAAAUCAAGAAGAUCAUAUCCUACAAGCGGCUGGUGCAGCAAAUGAAACAUCUGAAGUCUCCAGAGGUGCAAAGCUCUUCGGUGAACCCCACAUACGAAAUCAAGAAGGAACUGGGGGAAAACGACAACAAACUCCACCUCAAGAAGGUGAACGAAAAAAAGCGGAAAUUCCGCUGUCACAACUUGUCGAAUAGCGAAUCUGAAGAGGAGGAUUUCAGGGACAGGAGGAGCGGGGAUUACUCAGUGGUGCAGGCGAACUGUUUAGCAGGUGUUGUGCCUAAACUGAUCAUCAAGAGGAAAACGGAGAUGCCGAUGCCUAUUGUGAGGUUAGAAAGGCUGGAUCUCGAGUUGCUCGGUGACCAGAAGACGAGACACGUUGUUUGAAUAUUGUUUUCAAGUGAUAAAGGGACCAAGAAACCAAAGUAUGUUAUUGUUUGAGUUGAUUUAUAUUACAGAGAGUUUUUAUUAGCAGGUUAUAUUAGGAAAAAAUGUUAUUUAUUUUUUGAUUUAACAUUACUUGGAAAUGAAGCAAGAGCCAUCGUGGAUUAUGCCCAAAAAAAUAGUGUGCGUGUUGGGUUGUAAUUCAUUUCGAUUUAGAGACAAUACAAAUUAUUAGUGAGUUGUGAUCGAUUGGGGGGCGAGUAAUGUAUAUUACGAAUUUUCGAAUUCAGUUCCAAUGCUCUGCUUCACUUCCAAAAUACAAGGUGGCCCUUUGAAAACGUAACAGAGGCUCUGUAGGUCGCCACAAGCAGAUAAUAAAAAAAACAGUGGAAUACGUCAGCUACAUUUUCGAGGGGGACAUCGUUCUAAAAUAUUUUCAGCGCUGCGGCGUUGCCGCUUCUAUCGAAAAGUAGCAACAACUUUGUUAUUUCAAAUGAAACGCCCUGUAUUUCAUUGCAAUUGGAUUUUCCCUGGAGAGCUGGGAUCUAGCGGGAAUGAUCACCGAGAUAUAGGGUGUUCAAAAGCGAGAUUUUUCAAAUCUAGGUUUUUUUUGUCGAAAUAAAUCAUUAUUAUUCAAAACGGUUCAAAUAUCCCUAUCUCAACUUUUGAUUCACUCUCUCCUGACAUUUAAUUGAAACAGAUACAGGGUGAUCAGAAUUCUGAACCACCCUGUAGUUGUUUUUCUUAAAUGUCAGUAGAUAGUGAAACAAAAAUUAAGAUAGGGACAUGUGAGUCGUUUUGACCAAUGACGAAUAAAUACAGUGUCAUUCAUAAAGUCGGCAUCAUAUGGGAAAAACUUUUAUUAAUGACUUCUUUUAGAAUCCGAGUUGGACGUUAAGUUUUGCUCCAAAAAAGAUGAAAAAUGGCCUAUUCAAUCGGAGUCACGUGACUUUCAGUACAUGUCAAAAAUGACAUUUAUUCAAACUAAUCGCUGAAAGUAGGCUUAUUUGUUCGAAUAUCGAAAAAGUUGCUUCUAUUUCAAUUUCACACAUGCUUCUCAAAUUUGAUCCUUCUAUUGCAACUUUCAGAUUUUCAUUUUUUUUUAAUUUUUCAAAAUUUCUGUAAUAUUUGAGGAAUUGUUAAUUUCACGAAACUACUUCAUAUUAGUAACUUUUUCAUGCUUCUUACUUUCAAUUACUUAUUAUCACUGAUGAUGGACAGAAAUAUGAUAUUCUUCAGAAAAUGAUAAUACCCGCUUCCAAAUUCUGUUAUGUUUUUUUUUUUUUUUAUCGCUUGGAGCGCACGAAAGGGAAUCCCUAUAAUGUUCAGAGAACAUCGUGCGUUAGAAACGAAAUUCAUUUAAACUGAUCUUUUCAGUACUGAAAAAAUAAAUUUUGAUAAAUUUCGUUUCUAAAUGCUUGACUCAAACAUAACAGAAUUUUGAUGUUAUGUUUGCAUCAAACAUAACAGAAUUUUGAAGCGGAGAUUAUCAUUUUCUGAAGAAAAUCAUAUUUUUGUCGGUAAUUAGUGAUAAUCAGUAAUUGAAAGUUAGUAGCAUGAUGAAGCUACUGGUAUGAAGUAGUUUUAUCGAAUUUACAAUUUUUUUAAUAUUACAGAAAUUUCGAAAAUUUUUAAAAAAUAUCGAAAUCUAAAAAAUGUAAUAGAAAGAUAAAAUCCGAGUUACAUAUGUAAAAUCUAAAUAAAAACAACUUUUUAAAGUGAACUUUCUCGAUAUUCGAACAAAUAAGCCUACUUUCAGCGAUUAAUUUGAAAAAAUGUCACUUUUGACAUGUAGCGAAAGUCACGUGACCCCGAUUGAGUAGGCCAUUUUCCAUCUUUUUUGAAGCAAAACUCAACGUCCAACUCGAAUUUCAAAAUGAGUCAUUAAUUAAAGUUUUUCCCAUAUGAUGCCGACUUUAUGAAUGACACUGUAUUUAUUCGUCAUUGGUCAAAACGACUCACAUGUCCCUAUCUUAAUUUUUGAUUCACUAUCUACUGACAUUUAAGAGAUACAACUACAGGGUGGUUCAAGAUUCAGAAUUCUGAUCACCCUGUAUAGAAAAAUCUCGAUUUUCAACACCCUAUAUCUCUGUAAUCAUCACCACUAGACCCCAAGUGUGAUGCAUCGAUGGUAUCAGGUCUUCAGAGAGAAUCUGGAAAUGCAAUCAAAUACAGGGUGUUCUAUUUGAAAAAACAAAGUUGUUUCUACUUUUAGAUAGAAGCGGCAACGCCGCAGCGCUGAAAAUAUUUGAGGACGAUGUCCCCCUCGAAAAUGUACUUGACGUGUUCCAGUGUUUUUUUAAUAUCUCGUACUGGCGACCUACUCAGUCUCUGUUUCGUUUUCAAAUGGCCACCCUGUAUAUCAAGUUUCAUACAAGUGAUAACAAAACCAUGUUUUGUUGAUUUUUUUUUUUAUUUAUUGAUAAUGUUCCUAUGAUAUUACAGUAAGAUUUCUUUUUUGUACACACUGGAUAUACAAUUGAGAAAUGGAGAUUUUAUCUUCGAAAAUUCUCAACUCCGCCUUUUGCAAAAUCAAAAUAUUGCAGCUGUUAUUCCAAGAGAUAUACAUUAUUACAUUUUAUUGAAUGUUUUGAAAUAUACAGAGUUUAAAAGAAUAGAAUUAUAAUAAUUUACAAAUAAAAUUUAUGGAUAGUGAUUGUUAAAUGAAAGAUACAGAUUUUGAUUGUUCAGUAUUACAGAGUAGUGUUUUUGGUGUGAGUUAUUUUUUCGGUAUAAAUAAAUUGCACAUGAUGUGUUACAGAAAUUCAACACGCUACCUGUUUUUUUCAUACUAAAUGAAAAAUUCUGAAUCAACGUAAGUAUUUUCCAUUUAGUAAAUGUGUGACUUCACUGGUGUUUUCUAGAAUAUUUGUCUGAUUUUUACACGCUCUUUUCUGAUCUUACAAAAAUUGAACCCGGAUGAUUUCAGAAAGGGUGACUCAUUUGUUUUCAGUUUCCGUUCAGUGUGUAUACCUUUUUUUUUGUAAAUCGGUAUAUCAUAGAAAAACUUGUAUAAAUCAUUGAGGGGUGUUUUUCUAGUCUCUUUAUUUCUUGUACAGAGAUUCUUUAUCAUAAUAUUAUUGUGUACAUAAAUAUUAUUUUGAUUUGAGUAGGUAAUUUUAAUUGCAAUUUUCGUUGAAUAUUGAUUAUUUUUAAUUUUAAUGAGGUUUUUCUAUGAUAUAGGUAGAAGAUUGGAGUUACCACAAACAAUGUGAAACGUUUCAAUAUACAGGGUGUUCCAAAAAAAACUAACCCGCUUGCUAGGGUAGGUAGAACAUUGCAAAAUAAGUUGGGUUUGCUCAGUAAAAAAAUGUCGUAACGCCAUCCGCUUUCAAGAUACAAGGUGUUGAAACAAUAUUUUUUUUACGAUUAUGUUGAAACUACUGGCAACAUUGUGAUGAAAUUUUGUAUGGAUGUUUCAUGAAAUCUGACACAUCGCAUGAAUUUGUUUUUAUAUCUGACUCUCAUAGAGGGCGCUAGUUACACGGUUCGUACCGAGUAGUUUUGAACAUAACUUUUUUGAGGUUAGAUUUUUCAAUCCGAAUAUGAUAAGAACAUGAACAUCAUUCAAUUUUACACCAAAAAGGUACUCCUGGUGGAACUCGAUACUAUGUUCCGUUUUCGGAAUAUUUUGAUUUGAAAAUAAUGGAGUAGUAAUGAUGCUGGUAUAAAAUGAAUUUUAUUGAAUUCAAUCACCUAUUUAUUCAGGUUCAAUAACAAUAAAAUUAUUCUUGUGCUGAAUUCAUUGAUGGAACAAAGAAUCAUGAGUAGAAAAUUAAGAGAUAUUCGACUAGAAACAUGAAAUAUUGAAUCAGUUAGAGUAAGUGUUCAGAAUGUCCUACGUUUCGAGGAAUACACGAUUCUAUAUUCUUUUUUUAAGAAUGUAUUAUUCUUCUGAACAGUUGAGGAUCAGCUGUUAGGUCAUUCAAGUGAUGUUCAAUUAUGUCUCACAACUCUUGACGUGAAUUUACCUAUGUAGCAUAGACUUUCUGCUCAAGAUACAACAAAACUGUGUAAUCCAUGUUCUUAGUCAAAUCUGUUUCGAUGUUAUUCUUGUGAUUCAUUGUUAAAUCAAUGAGUUUUGCAUCAGAAAUGUAUUGUUGUUUUCGGUUUUCAAUAAAUACGUGAUAAUUUUUCAUAAUACUCACUCUAAUACAUAGCUUUAUACCAGCAACAGUUACCACUUCAUCAUUUUCAAAUCGAAAUAUUCCAUAAACGGAAAACAGUAUCAAGUUUCACCAAGAGUACCUUUUCGGUGUGAAAUUGAAUGAUGUUCAAGUUCACAUCAAAUUUGGAUUGAAAAAUCUAACCUCAAAAAAGUUAUGUUCAAAACUACUCGUUACGAACCGUGUAACUAGCGCCCUCUAUGAGAGUCGAUAUAAAAACAAAUGCAUGCGAUGUGUCAGAUUCCAACAAACAUCCAUACAAAAAUUUCAUCACAAUGUUGCCAGUAGUUUCAACAUAAUCGUAAAAAAUGUGUAAAAAAAAAUACUGUUUCAACACCUUGUAUCUUUAAAACGGAUGGCCUUACGACAUUUUUUUACUGAGCAAACCCAACUUAUUUUGCAAUGUUCCACCUACCCUAGCAAGAGGGUUAGGUUUUUUUGAAACACCCUGUAUUUAUUGAAUACAGAAUGUAUCACACAUUGAUGCAUUAUAUUUGUAUUUGGGAGAUUGUAAAAUUUAUUUGUUUCUUAUGAGACUUUCGGGAUAGUUUUUAUAGUACAAAUUGAUGAUAAUUUCAUGAAUUCCAUUUUAUUUUUUACGUUGGUGCCAAAGUUCGGAAAGUGUCAAAAAAUAUCUCAUUUCGGUAGUUAUAGUCGAGUACUGUUUAGUUGAAAACAACACUGCGUGGUAUAUUCUGUAUGUUUCACUAAAGAUUUACUUCUAAGUAAAAAUGCGUUAGAUUUAAAUGUGAGUGCCUUAGCACUGAUACUGACUGUUAUUUUUGUACCAAUUUACUGGUAAAUUGUAUAUUUCGCACUGUGUUAUUAAAAAUGUUUAAAAUAUU